UUUUUCUUUGAAGAGAACAACAUUUCCUUGUUCUCUUUGUUGAUGAUUGUUUUGUGAUGCCUACAUUGCGUAUCUAUUUUAAGAAGAAUGACUGACAACAACGAUGAAGUCGCGUUAUUCUCAUCGGAUAAUGAAGACUUUCAACAUUUCUUAGAAACUUAUGUCGAGUUAUUGGAAAAGUAUGAACAAAGAUGUUUGGAUUUGUUAGAAGAAAGCAAUCAAGCAGCCAAUGAGUUUGUGAAUGAAGCAAAGCAGUCACCAAUUUGGAAGAUGUUGCAAGAUAUACUCCAAGAACAACAGUCCAAUUCCGAUAGUUCGUUACAAGUUGAUAUGCAACAGUUUUCUGAAAGGUUGAAAAGUACUCUAAUGGAACAAUGGAACGUACGUGGAAUGCCACGAAUAAGGCGAGAGAACCUUUCGAAAGAAAAAGUAAUGCGGUUAAAAGAAUGGUUCGAUACACAUAUCCAACAUCCUUAUCCAACCGAAAGUGAGAAACAACAGCUUUGUCAAGAAACAGGAAUGCAGAUGCAACAGAUUACCAACUGGUUUAUUAAUCAAAGAAAAAGAGGGUGGCGAAAAACAGACGUGAAUAAAGAAGGUUGGCAAAGAGGAGAGACAAAUAAAUAAAUUUCCAAAACGAGCUCUGUUUGCACCUUGCGGCACGGAAAGUAGUCAAGUUCCUACAAACCGUUAUUUUUGGGCAGUUUUCUCUAGCACUAUUUUCAACGGGCCUGUAUCAGACAUACCAAAAUAGUGACUGAGACAGGACGGGGAAAGUGCAUUGUG